GAUGGAGGGGGCUCCUAUCGCAGCACGCCCGCCUGCUCAUCGGGACGAAGAGGAAACACAAGAUUUGCGGCUUGGGCGGGCGACUCCUGUCAAUACCAUCAAGGCGGCCAAUUUCGCGCACCUCAACGAUUUGUCACUGCUGCAUUUGGUUCUGCGGAGGCACUACGUGCCUAUUAGUUGCCAAGAAACGCAGGAGUUCACGCUCUCGAUCGCAUCCUUCUCGCGCUGUUUCUGCGAGGAUGUUGUUGCAAGCUGAGAGCGCUUGCCGAUUUGCCACGAGCCAUCCCUUCCGCAUUGGUCGAGGGUACCUCUCCGGAGGUCCAGUGCAGCCUCAAGUUUUUCUUCAUCAUGGACUGCGAGGCUGGAGUGGCAUUGGGAUGAAGCGCGACAUGGCGGGAAGUCAAUGUGCAGACCCUUUGAACAGUCACACAUAUAAACGAUCGGAGGUAACAAACUGGCAUCCUUCGCGUGAAGCAAUGCUUUUAGCUUUAGUGCUGGAAGAGGACUGUGAAC